AUGCAGAUGCAGACCAAAGCAAGCAAAGGUAGCUGCCGCCUGGAUCGGCGCAAGUGCCCGCUGCAGUGCAGUGAGAGCAGCACUGAGAGCAGCAGAGCAGAACAGCGCAGCCGUCUCUCUUACCGCGCUGUGGUAGGCCUAGCGGCAGCUCCCCGACCUGGCUGCGGUGCGGUGUCCAAUUGCAGCGCCGGACGCCCUGGGACCUACCGACGGCCGGGAUGGACAAGGACAAGCACGCGAGCUGCAGUGGCCUUGGUGGUGCUGCCGGUGGAUCUCACACCAUUUUGGCUCGAGCGUUUGGGUAGGUUUGCAGAGGCCCAGAAUCUCAGUGUGGGCACACCGUCGCAUCGCCGCGAUGAAGCUUCUCAACAUGCUCCAUGCGUGGUGCGAGCACGGGUACCUGUUGAGAGCGUCUGCGCCGAGGCAAGACCCGAGCUUAAGCUUGUACCUGUACAGAGCGCGAGGCAGCGGCUGCAUCUCCUCAGCUAUUGUCAUCAAGGACAGACCGCGUCCGGUAUGGGCGUGCCCCCGCCCUCUUCGUCUCUCUCGUCUCUCUCGUCUUCCUCCUUGGCUGCCGCGAAUGACACGCGGGAUGCCAUCGCGUUAUCCCGCCGGGCCUCCUCCAGGCCAUCCGAGCUGGGUAUAGCACUCGUAUUCCCUGCGCUCAUACACGCAAGGCUCACGGCCAAGGACGCCUGCAUCCACGUCCACGUUGACGCCGUCUGCCCAGGGCCUCGUCUCGCCUCCUCUCCGUUCCCUGUGCUGGCAUCCUUCCCCAGUCCCACCGUGGGCCUGGCGCGCACUGACCGACAGCGACUCGCAGGCUCCCAUCGCGGCGAACGCCCACGCUGGACGCUGGCGCCACCGCUGCGGCUGCGAGUCUCUGCAUCCACGGGCAACCUGGCGGCAUUCGGAAGCGCUCUGUGA